UCUUCGCUCCGAUGCCCCUCCGAUACAGGUGGAUAAUUGAUUGGACAAACAAAGACUUUGGGAAUUUAUAAAACCGUUACGCAAUGCAUUUUUUAGGGUCGAGGGGGGGCAGUCAGCGCUUUUCAGAAAUUACGGCGGGCGGUGGGGCGAACGGUGUGGCGGGAUAUGACGUUCGAUUUAAAGGGUAGGUGCGUAGGGGGUGGCCCCCGGGCGGGCUGCAGGGCGGCUGUUGACGGGUGCUCGGCGCUUGCGCGCUGCGGACGCCGCCCGAUUUCCGCACGAGCGUUGACAGUUUGCCCGGACAUACUUCCUCGAUACCGCGCGUCCGCGGCGUCGCAGCUUCAGGCCGAGUUCUGCCCACCUGGCCUUCGGCCCAGACUCGCUCGCUUGCCCGCCGAUGGCGGAGUGACAACUCAAACGUGAGUAACCGAGGCGGCCCGGGCAUGGACUCUCAGCAGCAGCAGUACUGCCUCAAAUGGAACAGCUUCGGUUCAAACUUGGCCACGUCGUUCGCGAACCUCUGGAACUCGGAGAGUCUCGCCGACGUCACACUGUACUGCGAAGGUCGCCAGUUCAAGGCUCACAAAGUAAUCCUAGCGGCGUGCAGCAAGCAUUUCCAAGAACUGUUCGACACGGCACCGCCCAGCCAUGCGGGGGCCUGCUACGUCAUCCUCGAGGCCACAACGGCGGACAACAUGCAGGCUUUGCUGGAGUUCAUGUACAAGGGCGAGGUCCACGUCAGUCAGGAUGCGCUCUCCAGCUUCCUUAAAAGUGGGGAGAACUUACAGGUCAAAGGCCUCUCAAUGGAGAUGUCACAGGACGCAUGGGUAAAACAGCAGACGCAACAAUCCACAGAACGCCACCAGACUCGCAUAAAGACGAGCCCAGUGUCCAACACGGGCAACUGUGACGGGUCUGAAGCGCAGCAGACGCACACGUCGUUUGCGCCCAUAAUCCCGGGCUACGGGCUGCCGAUCCAUGGCGGGGGCGCGGGGAUGGGACGCUACGCGCCGCCCGCGCACGUUCCCCUACACCCGACGCCGCAUCGAAGACCCGCGCCGCCUAAAGCAUCGCCGUCUCAGAGUCCACAUGCUAGGAAUUAUAGACAAAGUUCCUCAUCGUCGCACUGCGGCAGCGUGGCCGAGGAGCCGGACACGCGCUCGUCGCCGGGCGCGGGCGCGGGCGCGGGUGCGGGUGCGGGCGGCGCGCGCUACGACGAGCCGCCGGACGGCGCGCAGCUCAACACCGCCAAGAACAAUGGCUACGAGCGUACCGACGAACUCAUGGAGCGGCGGGACACAGACCAGGGGGCUGAAGAUUUACGGGUUAAGAACGAGAACGACUACCACACUAGCGGAUAUAACAACGCGUCGCCGCCGGCCGCGACCAUGCCGCCCAACUACCACGACAAGCCGCUCGCCACCUCGCCCGUGCCCAAGCCCGCCGCCGACAUGACGUGGCCCACGAAGAUGAUCACGAGCAAAUCCGGCGGCAUAGCCACCCCUGACGGCAAGAAGCUAAAGUGUCCGUACUGCGAGCGGCUGUACGGGUACGAGACGAACCUGCGCGCGCACAUCCGGCAGCGGCACCAGGGCAUCCGCGUGCCGUGCCCGCACUGCUCGCGCACCUUCACGCGCAACAACACCGUGCGCCGCCACAUCGCGCGCGAGCACCGCCACCAGGCCGGCCUGCACGCGGCCGGGGCCGCCGGCCCGCUGCCCAACCACGCGCAGUAGGCCCCUCCGAUAUACCUCGUCGAAGCAUAUUAUUGUAACCGGUAAUCUACCUCAAAAAUUGAUCUUAAGGUUAAUUUUAAUCGCGCGAUAAUUGUU